AUGUCUAAGAACUCGGAGUUCAUCAAUCUAUCAUUUUUAUUAGAUCAUGAGAAGGAAAUGAUCCUAGGAGUUCUAAAGAGAGAUGAAUAUUUGAAAAAAGUGGAGGAUAAGAGAAUAAGGAAGUUGAAAAAUGAACUCUUAGAAGCAAAACGUAGAGGUGGGAAGAUUCAACAGGAGACCAAUAGAAUUUGUGUUCACUGUCAGAGAAACCUGGGCUUAAUAUUUGACCGGGGAGCCCCAUGCCAGGCCUGCUCACUAAGGGUGUGCAGCGAGUGUCGGGUUGCAGGCCUUGAUGGCAGCUGGAAGUGCACUGUCUGUGACAAAGUAACGCAGCUAAGGAUUAUCACUGGAGAAUGGUUUUUUGAAGAAAAGGCAAAGCGUUUCAAGCAAGUUAAUGUUCUGGGCACUGAUGUUGUCCGGCAGUCCAUCCUAAGAAGAAGUCCAGAAGCUGAAGGAAUACAGAACCAAGAGCAAGCCCGUCAAACUGCAGAAAAGUUAGACUCUUCACCUACUCUUGGGCAGAAGGCCAGCCAUGAUGGACCCAGAAGAAGAGGAUUUCUUCUUAGCAAAUUCAGAUCAGCAACCAAAGGAGAAAUCGUGACUAUGAAAACUGAAAGUGGGCGGAGCUACAGUUUGGAUUUAGAGAGCCAAAAUUUUCGGAGUUUAAAGUCAGUUCUCAGUUCUGACAGGGGAAGCACUGGUUCAUCAGAUCUCAAUGACCAAGAAGCUGGUCCUGGACCCUCGAAGGGCAGCCGAAGCGAUUGCAUUACCCCAGUCAGUCAAAGGUCACCAGUCCCAAGCACACGCAGUGUAACCUCAGUCAGCAGUAGAGAGCACGGUUUUAAUAAUUUCAUGAGUUUGGCUGCCACUGAAAACACCUCUGAAGAUUUCACAAAGCGCCAUCACAGAAACACUUCAGGCACGCCUUCCAUAGCUAUAUCUGGGACCUCCCUCUCCUCAGACCGGAGUAGAUCUGAGUUAGAUUUGAGUGGGUCAUUUUCAGCAGAUGAAGAUGAUACUGUAAGCAUAAAAAGCAAGUCCGUCCCAGGGGCUUUAGACAAAGACUUGGAUUCCCUGGAAGACACUGAAGGAGGCAUUGAUGACAUAGUACCCUCCCGGUUUUCUGCCAACACCCACAGUCUAGCAAGUGGCCUGUCAACCAAUUCUCAAGCAGGCUCUGACAGGAAGUGGACCCACCUAAAUGUACCUGAUGCAGACUCAGACACUACCAGCCUUAACAGCAUGAUGAGUGUUUACAGUGAAACAGGAGACUAUGGCAAUGUGAAGGUCAGUGGUGAAAUCCUUCUCCACAUCAGCUACUGCUACAAAACUGGAGGGCUCUACAUUUUUGUCAAGAAUUGCAGAAAUCUUGCCAUAGGAGAUGAAAAGAAGCAAAGGACAGAUGCGUAUGUCAAGUCAUACCUUCUUCCUGACAAGUCCCGAAACAAUAAGCGCAAGACCAAAAUCAGAACAGGCACUAAUCCAGAAUUCAAUGAAACCUUAAAGUAUACCAUCAGCCAUACUCAGUUGGAAACAAGGACUUUACAACUAUCAGUCUGGCACUAUGAUCGAUUUGGACGUAACAGCUUCCUUGGGGAAGUGGAGAUUCCUUUUGACUCAUGGAACUUUGAAAAUACAAGUGAUGAGUGGUUUGCGCUGCAGCCCAAGAUGAAUAAAUGUGAACAUUUUUUUAAAAGCUAUUUACUCCCUGAUGAUAGCAAAGCUACCAAGCAUAAAACGCUGGUUAUAAAAAAAAGUGUUAACCCUCAGUGGAAUCAUACUUUCAUGUUCAGUGGCCUGCAUCCACAGGACAUAAAGAAUGUUUGCCUGGAACUUACUGUCUGGGACAAGGAAGCCUUUUCCAGCAACAUCUUCCUAGGAGGAGUUCGUUUGAAUUCUGGAAGUGGUGUGAGCCAUGGGAAAAACGUGGAUUGGAUGGACUCUCAAGGGGAAGAACAACGCCUUUGGCAUAAGAUGGCCAACAACCCUGGGAUUCCAGUAGAGGGUGUUCUCAUGCUCCGUUCCAGCAUGGGGAAGCGUAGGCUUUGA